AUGAGUGCGUCGCCGCUCCUCGCGAUCCCGACCGACACGCUGCACAAGUCGACCUCGCCGGCGGCUGCGGUGCGGUCGCCGUCGGGGCUGCCGUCGCGGCCGUUGACAAACGACAGCAUGGCUGCAGGAGGACGUGGGACAGCGCCAGCACGACGAGCCAUCCCGAUGGACGUGGCCGAGCGGCUGAACGAGGAGGAGAAGAAAAAGUACAUCAAGGGAAAGGAGCUUGGCGAGGGCACGUACGCGGUCGUGUUUGAAGGCCGUCUGCGCACAGACCCGACGCAGCUGGUGGCCAUCAAGAAGAUCAAGGUGCAGAAGGAGUACAGCGACGGGAUCGCGCCGGAUGCGGUGCGGGAGAUCAAGUUUUUGCAGGAGCUGCGCCACGCCAACAUCAUCCGGCUGCACGGCGUCUACAGCACGCGCGACCAGAACCUGCAUCUGGUGCUGGAGCACUUGCCACGCGGCGAUCUGGAGAUGCUGAUCCGCGACACGGCCGACAUCCGCUACGGCGCUGCCGACAUCAAGGCCUGGAUGGGCAUGUUGUGUCGUGCCGUCGCCUUCUGCCAUGACCGCGCUGUGCUGCACCGCGACAUCAAGCCCAACAACUUGCUCGUCGCUGCUGACGGCGCCCUCAAGCUGGCCGACUUCGGCCUCGCUCGCGCCUGUGCCGAUCCCUAUCGCCCCAUGACCGCCAACGUGAUCACCCGCUGGUAUCGCCCCCCGGAGCUGCUCUUUGGCGCUCGCCACUACACCGGCGCCGUCGAUGUCUGGUCGGUCGGCCUCGUCUUCGCCGAGCUCGUCAUCCGCAACCCCUAUCUGCCCGGCAAUACCGAAGUCGAACAGAUCGCCCUCGUCUGUCGCGCUCUCGGCACCCCGACCGAAGACAACUGGCCCGGUGUCUCCCGCCUCGACGCCUAUGCCGUGCCCACCGAUCGCGUCUAUCCCGUGCCUACGCGCGACGUCUUUCUCGGCCCCUUUGGCACCGUUGGCCCCGACGGCGUCGAUCUUCUCAUGCAUUCCCUCGUCCUCGAUCCACGUCGCCGCAUCUCCGCCCGCGGCAUGCUCCAGCACCCCUGGUGGCACGUCGACCCACGUCCCACCCCCAUCCAGGACCUGCCUCGCCGUCAUGUCCCGUCCGAGAAGGACCGCGAGCGCAUGGCUGCCGAUCUGAAGCGGCGUCCGGGUGUCGAGGAUGACCGGGGGGCCAAAGUAGCCCGACGACUCGAUUUUGGGAGGAAGUGA